UGACUCACUAGAAUAUCAUCCUAUCAUCUUCACUUCCUUUCUAAGGAGUCUGCAGUAUCAUUUAAGCUUGACACAUUUAUUUACAGUCCACAAAAAUCUGUUACAGAAUUAAAUGAGCAAUCCAUAUUUGCAUCCUCAAAUAUUCUAGUUAGGAUUUAUUUUGCAAUAGGGUCAGUGUAGUCCGUAUGUCUGCUUGCUUUCGUGAGUUGGUUUCAUAUUCCUCCCUCUACUUUGUAGUUUAGUUUAUGCGGCAGUCAACACCAUUUAAGUUUCAAUUCACAAUGUCACUGAUUGUACACAGAGUACUUCUCUUGACUUACCUACCCCCUUUUCUUUUUCUCCAUGCUUGUGCUACCAAGAACAAAAAUUAUGGCUUUGUUUACACUAGUACAAGCCAUUUAGUAAUUUUGUCGUGCAAGAUGUCGCUGGGAGCCUUAGGCUGGGUGGGGUUGGCCAUAGUUCUUUUCUGGUCAUCAUUUGGAUUUUGGGCCUGCCUUUUACUCCCGCUCUGCAUUUUCGUAACAAUUUUAGGCAUCAUAUUUAUGGGCUACCUGAUGGAGUAUCGGCAACAGCUAGAGCCAUCCUAUGACCCUGCUUCACCACACAUUCCUGAAAACCACUGCAUCAAAGGCCUUCCUCAAAUUACAACAGCCAUUCUAAAACCACCGAAGAAGACUCGCUAUGUACGGUAUUUGACCGGGCACCCAGCCAUAGAUGACCCAUUAUCAGAGGUUUUGAACUACAUUCUGCGGGACUACAUAUACAACUGGUAUCUUGACCUGUCCAAUGAUGAGGCUUUCACGGACCACAUCCGAGAUCUUGUUCACCAAGUGAUUGUUAAUCUGUCAAUGAGGGCCAAAGGGGUGGAUUGGGUCCAGUACCUCACCAUUCAACUAGUCGACGAUUUUGCAUCCCAUCUGCGCCUGUUUCGCCAAGCGCAGACUAGGCUCAAGCUUAAGAAAGAUGAUGAUUUCGGAGGAAAAGCCCCAGAUUUGCUUACAUUGUUCUUCAGUUUAGAAACUACCAUGGAGCGUAGCAUGUGCCGUGAUCUAGUCUGCAUUUCAAAAGAGCGGGAAAUGGAGUACCUCCAACAAGUCGGAGAAGUGCUUCUUUACUUGGUUUUGCCUCCGGAAGACUUCCAAAAUAAAGUCAUGAGGAUAUUCCUACGAGAGCUUCUUGUGAACACAGUGCUGCUGCCUGUGAUAGACCUUGUCUCAGACCCUGACUAUGUAAAUCAAAGCAUUGUCUGGAUGUGCAGGGCUUCUAACAACAUUCCCACAAGUGAUGAGUUCCUGACUGUAUUGAAGUGCACUGACAACAUAAGUGAGCUGGAAGCUGUCAAAGAAAUCGUCCUCCAGGAAAUUGCUGUUCAGCGCUCAAAAGACACUGGAGGCGAUGACGAUACUGUGAUCAAAAAGCAGCUGAACAGCCUGCAUUAUGUGAAAAAGGUUGUGGAGAACAGGCUUCAGCGUCUCUAUGAUGGAAGCCUUGACACAGAUUCCACUGGUCUACCUUCCCAAAUUGACUGGAAGAAGCUGACAGCUCCAGGAGUUGAGUUAUUCCAAUUGCCAUUUGAUGUUGUUCUGGCAAACAACAUUGCAUUAUCUUAUUUCAUAGAGUACAUGACCAGUAUUGGAGCACAAAAAUACAUCUCAUUUUACCUUCAUGCUGAGGGCUUCAAAGUGUCAGCGGAACAGCUACUAAGCCAAGCCCAUACUGAAGACAGAAACACAAAUCUUGAAUCUCUAAGGGAAGCUGCAGCUAACAUUUACGACACGUACAUCUCUGAAACAGCCACAUCCAGGAUCAACAUUGAUGAAGUACUGGCUAAGAAGCUGCUUCGAAAGCUUCGAGUUGAGACGCCAGACGAGUUCUGGUUUGAUGACAUCCAGCAGAAGGUGGCUCAGAUCAUGCAGGAGGAGCAGCAUUUUCCUAGCUUCAUGAAGUCUGAGGGCUACAUCAAGUUGCUAGCUGAGCUUGACCUCCUGAAGGAUUUCGGCUCCAAGUCGGAUGAAGAAGAUUCCUUCAGUGGAGCCAAGUCCGCGGGGAGUGGGGAUGACUGUGGCAGCCUCAACUCCCUGGAACAGGAGGACGAGCCCAUUGAGUUUCUCAUUAAGGAGAUGCCCUCGGAACCUCCUGAUGCUUCCGAGUCCUCCACCAACAACAAGAUGCCAGGAAUGUUGCUGCUUGCCAACAUAUACAACACAGGAAUAGUGCGGCAGUCCAGCACAGCAUAUGCCCUGUAUGCAAUAUCUGUGACGCGCCGUGAGCUACAGAGUACGGAGGAGCGUUGGUGUGUCUUCAGGAGGUACAGCGACUUUGACGACUUCCACAUCCUCAUCUUGGAAAAGUUUCCAAAGUUGUCUAAGUUGCCUUUCCCUGGGAAGAAGACCUUCAACAACCUGAGCCUUCAAUUCUUGGAGCAGCGGCGAUCUCAGCUGAAUGAGUUCUUGCAGCAGAUUCUACAUCCUGAUAUCCUGACAGCUAAUCCAGGUCUGCGUGACAUGGUACUGCAUUUCCUUGAGCCAGGCACCUAUGAAAAGGGGAAAAAACAGUUUGCAAGAACGAUGGGCUCUCUAGUCAAUCCAUUCAAGUCAUCAGUGCGCAGCAUGGGCACCAUGGUGAAAAAUGCUCCCGAGAACCUGCUCGAUGGACUGCGCGACAGCAUCGUGAAGGUGCUGCGCAGCCGGCCCACAGCUUCGCCCGUGGACGUCGUGAUUCAGGGCAGUGAGAAAGUGGGUGCUGGCAUCGACAUUGAGACACAAGACAACAUUCCUCUGAGAAUUAUGCUGCUGCUUAUGGACGAAGUGUUUGAUCUAAAAAGCAAGAACCAGUGGCUAAGGCGGCGGAUUGUGGUCAUCCUGAGGCAGAUUAUCAAAGCCACAUUUGGAGACACAAUAAACAGAAAAAUUGUUGACUACGUCGAAUGGAUGGCAUCAACUGAAAAAAUAGCUGAAUACAUCACAGCAUUUAAGGACGCCCUGUGGCCAAACGGUUUCCCAGCCGAGACGCGUCCAGAGAGGGACCAGAACACCAAGAUGAGGACCAGAGUGGCAGCCAAGAUGAUCAUGCUUUGUAGCCUCACAGAUGAGCUGAAGCACAUCAUUGGGAGCGACACGACGCGGCGAGGCAUGCUGUGCGUGUUUGAGAUGUUCCAGCACGCGCCGCUCAAUCGGAGGCUCACAUAUGUCCUGCUGGAGGGCUUCCUCGCUACCCUGUUUCCCAACAACCGCUUCACCGAGCUGUUCCGCAAGAUGCAUGCAGAGUCACCCACCAUAUCGACCACCUCGUUGUCUUCCAAUUCCAGCAGGGAUGUCAUAAGCAUCGGCGCCAGGCGCAUUGAGGUGCGGUGACGUCUGUCCUACGCUACCAUGUGUCAUGUGACAGCCUUGGUUGUUAUUCUCAGCCCUCUUUCCACCAGAAGCUCCCUUCCCCAUCCAUACUUCUGUUGCUCAUUUCAUAUCUCUCUUUUUUCUUUCCUUUUGAUGCAAUUUUCAAGUUGGCUGGCAGGAAAUCCGUAAUUACCCCGCCAUGUGAGCUUGGAUUGUGUUAUGUGAUAGCUUGCGCGCAUCUUUUGCCGCAAGCCUUAAAUAUGAAUCCGCGUAGGAGCAAGUUUGUUGUCUUGCCUCCGUUCUUAUUAUUAUGCUGUGGAAUGACAAACAUGCCUGACACUGCACCGUCUCGCAAACAUUGGCAGUAUAGUUGACAUUGCUGGAUCUGUGAACUGUCAAGAGUCAACAGUGGUGCAGCACUAGUUCCUUUUGGACAUUUAAAAGUCUACAUUUUGUGGUCGUCGCACUUCUCUUGUUUGUUCAAAUAAGACCAACUAUUGAGAAGGUGCUGCCAUGAUGGCCCCUAAGACUUGGGCAUGCUCCAGAAUUUGAUUAACCUGGGUAUAUAUUUGCACAAUGGGCUUUUUUUAGGACAUGUGUCUAUUAUUGCAGAACGUGUGGACAUUUUUUCUUAUACCAAAGUUUUUAUCUUGCUACCAGAUAUUUUUUUUAACAAUGUUUACACUGUUGCUGCUCUCUUUGUUCAUGUGUUAAAUAGUUUAACCGCUAAUCUGGAGCAUAUUGUAUAACUUCGGUAAGUGCAGCUCCUUUGGUCCAUAGGUGAGAUUUUGGAAGAAGCCUUGCUUAUGACAUGCCUGUCCUUAAUGCGUCGGGUUUGUCAUACCGCACGCAUGUUUUAUCAUUUAGGCCCUGUACAGUUACACCCCCCCUUUUUCUUUUCCGCAUCGUUUACACUCGCCCUGCAGUUGUAUGUCCCAUGUUUAAGGUGAUCGUUUUGUGACUGAUGUUCGGGAGUUGGAACUCUCUUGGAACACAAAAUUUGCUGUAUUAUACAUUACAUGUAUACACUCGGGACACGGAUAUAUACUGCAUUUUUGAAGGAUUCAGUAUGCUGAAAAAUAAAGUAUGUAUGUAUUUUUUUAUAAUUUAUGGUUCAGCUAACUUUUUUUUCUUUCCCCAACAUCAUGACCGACGUGCAACCAGGAGGGAAAUAAAAAACGAGACCAUUGUCAUUCAUGUAGCCACUCAUUUCACUAAAGUGUAGAUGAUCUCACCAAAGUAUAUCUGUCUGUGUUUUGCUGAAUUUCGUGGUGGACACUAGAAUGGGAAAAAGAAAAGGUUCUGUCCAUGCAGCAUCCCUGGGCAAUGCUUGGAUACAAGGUUAAUUAUUCCAACCAAUUUCAGCAAGGUUAUUACCUCUCUUGCUGCCUUGCAGCAACAAUAGAUGGGGUUGUUUUGCGAGAACAUUUCAGCAGCCCUGUGUUGUCAUUCAUUAAUGAUUGCAGCAAACAGCCUCGAAAGAUUCCCUUUAAGAGAGUGCCCAGGUCAUAAUGCAAUGUUGCUGUGUAUUUAGUGAUGUAAAUCUGACUAGUUUGUGAGUGCGCAUUGUGAUACGCUUUUGUGUAGUGCAUGAAGGCCAGAGAAAAUUUUCUUCUUUCUCUUUCUUUCUUAUGUAAAUAUGAAGCAUCAACACUUGUCUUCACUAUCGCUCUCCCGUACACAACUUUAUUGACAGUGCAUGUUAAUGGAACACAAUCCACGCAUUUCAGAUAUUUUCAUGAUCCACAUCGACAGAUUUUAGUAAGUGGCGUUGAACGUUAUGCUGACGCGGGCAGCCUAGGUUAUUUCUACUUGAAGCAAGUCUUAAACUGUAUAGAGCAAAUCAUUAGAAUUUGUUCUUACUCAUCUGGCUAAACACAGUGCUGCUCUGCACUGUUUGCAUGGCUCAAUUUAUUCUAUAGAAAUGAUACUGGCAACAUUAUCUCAUUUGAAUGUUAACAAUCACUCGGACGAUGUUGUGGCCGAUCGCGGUACAGCUGAUCCAUUCAAGUGAUAAAGUAAGGUGUGUAAACAAUAGCACAAAAAUAUCUGCAACGUACUUUUGGCAGCAAAGCACGCAUGUUUUCAUUGACACAUUCACUGGAAUCCUUUCUAUCAUGACAAUCACACAACAGCUCCAGAACUUGUGUGUUAGUCACUCCUUUUGAAUGCUACCAGAACCGAGAGCAAGCAGUGGUAUUGCAAGGGGCUUGGCUGUGUUCCAAGUUAGCAGCUUCUGAUUGGAUUCCUGGUUCAACAUGGUGCAUAGAACCGCAAAAAAAUUAUCUCUGAUGCUCCAACACCUGUUCGUAACAUGGCAGAUACCAGGUGUCAAAUGGCAGAUAGGUGUCAGUGCCUGCCAGUUUGUGAAGCCUGCAUUUUACCACCGCUGAUAUGCCACAAACAUUCUCCUGCUAGUGCAUAAGUAAUACCUUCGCUAGGACAUCAUAAAAUGAAGCUGCAGAGCUCUCUGUGUGUUUCACAUACAAGCCUUUGUGAGACGAAAGCGGUUGCUGGCUCCUGCUGUGGAGGUGCUGUGAUGAUUUCAGCAUUCUGAAACUUCAAACUUUAAAUAGCAAGACCAGAAGUUCUCCUCAUUUUUAACUUCUUGCGAGUACUAUAGAUAUGCCGUCGGACCCUUACUACAGGGCUUGAAGUCAAUUCCUGCCACACGCAGUGUCCCAGCUUAACUCUGUGCAAAAUAAUUUUUGGCACUUUAUGUCGUGUCACAUAGUGUUGCCCGUUUACUUUUCACAUUUUAGGCCUAGCAUAUAUCACUAAUGUAGUGCAGCAACGUGAAGGUCAUGUUGUCACACCUAUGAAUGGACAAAAUUUCAACCACAGUGUUAAAAAUUACAGCAGUCGUUUUUCAGUUAACAGCCUCAUGCAUUUCAAAACAUGAACUAAAAUAUGGCUGUGAAUCACAAUUGCAAAGCCAACUGCAAGUGCAUGAUUCUGUAUUUUCGUUGGGGGCGCGGGAAGACAUUUCAUCACUGGUCCCUUACUGCAGCAUUGGGGUAGGAGGGGGCCGAUACUGGGGAACGGCAGAAGGAAAUAUUUAGGGGACGACCUCCCUCCUUGCCACCCCUGCUAACUAGGUAGACAUCACUGCUAUGGUUUCAGCCUUUCAUUAGGAGAGAGGGUCUUGGCUAGUUCAUCAUGCGCAUUCGUUUUAGUGCAUUGUAUCUGCAGCCUGUCAUGGAUAGUCUGCACAUUCAUGACGAACAGGGACAAUUUAGAUUCCCAGUUUAUUGCUUCGAACUCUGCCUUUACUACUGAUGGAGAGAUAGCCAUUGCACUGUUUUCAGACACAACUUCCCAGGAAGCAUUAUUCAUGUCAUCCAUGAAAUCUGUCACUUCAAGUAUCUGAUUGGUCUAUUACUGACAUCCCACCUCAGUGCCAUUUCAGUAGCACAUAGGCUGUUCAUGACAUUUACGAGCCUUACUUCCUACUGUUUACUGUAUUCCCAGCCUAGAAACUGUGGUAUACCAGUGGUUGUGUCCCUAAGCGCUUGCCAGCAGAACACAGGGUGGCGUCCUCUUGUACCUGUCAUCUCGCAGCUUUGCUGAGUACAAGCUGCUGAUGCUUUUCCAUCAAAUGGCAGCUGCAGAACUAGGGAGAGAUAAUAAGGGGAUGCUGGCCUCGUGUGCCUCUGGCAAAUUUGAAAGUUUCCUUCCCCCAUAAGCCAUUAUGGCUAUGUCAGAUGCAUUCACUGCAGAAAGUCCACUUGUAGCAACUAUCGCCUACUAUAUAUUUAGGAAGUAUACUGCUGUGUCGUUCAGCGUGGGCAUGUGUAGUGCAAUGUUGAAAUGGAGUGAACACAGUGGAGAUUAAAAUUAAGCAUCGAGAAGAGGCUUUAACACUUACCGUCAAUAUAAGGCAUGCUUCCCAAAGCAUUGACAAGGCACAUAGAAACAGUUUGGUGUCCAACAAAAUGUUGCUACUGCCAGGACAUUGCAUUGCAUAGAACAUGAAGGUGGCAGUAGGUUUUCAGUACUUUAGUCGCAUUACAUAAGCUGCUUUGAAGUUUUGACCAUUGUGCUGUUACUGCUGCUGUUAGGUAGAAAAACGGUAAAUGCCUAAAAUGAUUUUGAGGUCACUUCACUGUGCCUUUCAUUCUUAACAUUUCACAUCAAACCAGGCUUCACUCUUUAAGCUGCCUGAUCACUGCUGAGAGAAAUUUACGUGGGUUGAAUCUUUCCACUCAUAGAAUUGCAGCUGUAUUUGUAGCCCCACAUCUCAUUGCUGCAAAUUUGUUUGCUUCAGUGAAAAGGUGGACGUGAAACAAUUGCAUUGUAUGUCUAAGAAGUAGAACAGGGCACCCAAAAUGGGCCAGGAAAAUUCAGUCUAAUACUUAAAAUUGGGAUAAAUGUGUAGGAAAGAGGGGGAGGGGAUGGCCUUGCAAGUCCAAUGGGCAUACCUUUCCUGUAUUGUUUUCUAGUUGUGUGCAUCGAAGUUUAUUUUAAUAGUUACAAGUGCGCUUCCACUUACACCUGUCUGCUAACUAUUCAGAUGGCAGACUACUGAUCUGGAAAGUGCAGUGUAGAGUACUAAGCUUGGCAUUUGCUCGUCUUGCCAAUUUUCUUAUUCACAAAUUAACUUUAUAGCGUGCUGUAUCAGAGCCAUGCUUUGAGUGUAAAUUCAGAAUUCUGCAUUUUAUUUUGAGUGCACUACAAGAUGACUCAGUUGCUUGGUUUUUGCACAUUCUGCACUGAACAAGAUAAUGCAACUGCUCUGUGCAGUGAAAUAUUUUUAGUCUAUCACUUUCAGGUAUAUCAUUCUUUUUGCAUUUAGGUUGACAAAACCAGUGGAAGUAGAUGUCAUGAAAAUAAUGGCACGCAUUCGAUCAGGGUUACUUUCAUGUGAGUCAGUUUAAUGUUGCAUAGUGAUGCCUAUCGCUCCAUCAACACAUUGCAGCUGACGUUGCAUCACGCAAAACUGAAUGUAUCCUCGAAAGUGAUCUAUCAAGAAUGCACAUGGUCCAAUUAAGAGUGCUGUGUGUGAUGGGACGAACCAUGCAUUUAGUAUCCAUUGUGCUGCGCACAACAGCUGCAUCUAAUUAUACAGGGUCUAGUAUAAUUUAAAAUUAUAACACUUAUUACCUGAAAUGACUAGGUUUUACGUACAUGCUAAGGAUCGAGCGUUUAUCAAUUUCUGCAAACAUUCAGUAAAAGAAAUGUGAACUGUCAGACUACAAAAGAAAAGGAGCAGAAAAAGAAUACAUUCUUUCUUAAUUGGUUUUCUCAUCAUGUGAUCUGACAUUUCAGUUUCUUUCACUGCAUGUUUGCAGAAAUUGAUAGUAGAUGUGUCGGGGCAGGCAUCAUUUAGGACACAUUAUAGGCUGAUGAUGAUUAUCAGCACCUCGCAGAGUAGCCACAAGCCAUGGCCAAUGUUGCACUAUAAUAAGUGCAGCCGAUAUACGGCAAUUUAAUUGGAUACUAGUAGUGACACAAAAAUAUUAACUCACUUUUUUUUUUUACCUUCAUACAGCUGCCAACUCUGUAAUCAUAGUAUGGGGCCCCAAUUCCUCACACAACAAUAUAUCACCUGUUAAUGCAAUCAGUUCAAAACAUGUAUUGGCAUACAGUGUAUUGAGCAGGUCUCAUCGUUGCAUAGCAGAACUUGAGUAUGAUGGUCGAGUUUGUCAGAAGCCGCUGAUGCAUGUGUCAGUCAGCCUACCAGCACAGUGGUUGCACGCCACGCCAUGACUUUGUUGUUUAAAGUUGGGCAUGUGCUGCCAUAUCAGCCAUUCUUACCUCCUUCAAUUUGCACUUGUCUGCAUUCGACACCAGAUAAGCAUUCUUCUCUACUGUCUUUUCUCUCGGAAUGCGGAAUGUCGCUCUUACCUCCUCACCGCUGGUAAUUGUUCUAGUGCCUAAUAUGCUCAGCUUUCAGUGAUGCUGUCAUGGUGCACUCUACGACCACUGCGCCGUGCUGAUUGACCACCAUGUGCCAACGGUUUAUGAUGUCAUGUGACCACCACCUCCAAUUUCCGUGGUGUAUCUAGAAAACCUGCUCAACACAUUAUGUGAGAGAGCCACUCUCCACUUGGCUCAUGUUUCGAACUCCUCACAAUAAAAUAUAACCUAAACAAUGAUUUCUUGCACCUUCAAGGAGCCCCCCAUGCUGCAGUUAUUGAGUCAGCAGCUUCCUAAUAAAGUUAACAAUGUGGGACACACUGUGCAGCAUGUGCCAUCACUGUGAAAAGUGUACAAAGCGCAGUAUUUACAAGAGUGCAUUGCUGUGAAGCCUGGGCACAAAGCCUGUAAUUUAGAGUUUCAGUCUGCAGUCGCAUGUGUGACCAAUGCUGUGUUGUGCUCAUCUAGAGGUGCUUUUCCACAAAAACUCGCACAUUAUACACGUUUGAGGCUGAUUAGUACAUUAUGCACCUUCAUCAAUCUUGAUUAGGCAAACGCUGUGUUGUUCUCAUUUGUGUGUCUGCAGCGGCUAUUUUGUAUGCUCACUCAUUCACACCCCUGGCACUUCUGUUGAAGGAAAGUUAGCAAAAAAUGAAAUGCUGUUUUGUCUUCAAAAAUACAUUGUAAAAGCCCCCCCUUUUUUUAUUUUUUAACUGCUAGACGGCGCGCAAAAUGAUACAUGUUUGAAAGAAACACUUCAAUCAGUGAAUGGCAGUGGUCAAACAAGGGAUGUCGCUGGUGGCAACGUUUUCGACAAGUGGACUUGUCUUCGCCAGGACAACCCGGCCUGCUGUUAUUCUGUUCCCUAAGUAAACCUUCAGUUAUUCACAGUCGUUUUUGUGGCAGUCACGGUCAUACUACAGCAGACUAUGAUUUCUGUACAGUCAGUCAAGGUAGAAGCAAACUAUAGUGUUAUUAUUUAACUCUGCUGAAAGAAGUGUCAUUUUUGGUGUCACUUGCAGUCAACCUCCAUUCUAUUUCUCUCACCAAAACGGUGUCGUUUACAAAAGCGGUGUCAUUUUUAUUGCUUCUCUCUUGUGCAUUCUGUUCAGUAAGCAAAGUUUCGGUCAUGCAUAAUAGUUUUUCUGUCAGUCAUGGUCAGACUACAUCAGGCUGUGGUUGGUUCUACCUGUUUCUGCAGUAUUUUCUAAAGCAGUCGACUUGGAUUUUGCCUGUGUAACGUGUAUAUGUAAGCCUACCGGUCCCUCAGUAUAGGCUCUGAAAAGCAUUGUGUUUACCACUGUGCCGCUCUUGUACAAUACUGUAUGAUAUUUUGCAAGCUUGUGAGCAUUUUUUUUUUUCUCUUUUUAUUGAAGUUGUAUAGUCGCACGCUGGAACGUGUGAUAGGUAGAUCAAGAUGCAAAUGAAGCGAUACAUGAAAACCUGCAAUGCUCUGCGAUGUCAAGAACUGUCUUUGCACAAAGACUACGGAAUUCCCAUUUUUAUGUUGUCUUUGUGAAUAAAAAUACUGGGAACUAGCAA